AUGGCAAGGGACGGCCAGGUUAUUGCUAAAUCGGGCAGCAUUUUCGGUGAAACCGCGGAUGUGAUCUGCCUGACUGUGAGCAGCACGCUGGACUAUUCUCCUCCAGUGUGGAAAUCUCUCACAAGAGCAGCAGGUCUAGGAGAGUACAAAGUGCUUUCAUUCAUCUUCAGAAAGAAAGCCUCCAAAAUAGCCAAGGAAGGAUUGAACCAGUGGCUUGGUCGUGGUGAUAUCCUUGUUGUGGAUACCUCGAAGACGAAGUUUCAGCUUUCUGCCAAAUUUGUUUUUCUCGUCGUUCACCCCGAUAUUCAUCACCUGGACAAGGCAUAUCGUUCUAUUUUCCGUGAAGCUGCUGCUCGAAAAUGCACAUCAAUAGUGAUCCCAGGGCUAGGAUGCGGUUUCGUUUUUUUUCGUGCCAUUUCCAGCUACAGACAC